CACACCCAUCGUAUUGUAUACAGGCAUAUUGUCUAUUUAUACAUAUCUGGCUGGCUCGUGUUGACCUAAGCAUUUUCAUAAUUAAGCUUUUGCUUUCUUUUUGAUUCUUCCAGACAUAGGGUGUUUGACAAAGUAUUAUGCAUCUCAGCGACUGCGAGGGUUCCGAGGACUUCAUCGAUGUUGAGGCUUUAAUACACUUGUGUGAUGAUGGACAAAGUGCUACAGACACAUUGAUUAUGAAUCAGGUUGGCAAUGGAGAAAUCGACCACUCAAUGAUCCAAUAUCAAGCAACUCAUGAUCAAGUUGCAGCAACUAGACCAUUAAGACAAAAAAGGGGAGGGCCCCGUUUAGAUGAUGACGAAAAAAAAAGAAACAAAAGAGAAGUUGAUAAAAGAUACCGUGUCAAUGCCAAGAACCGCCUUAAGGAAAUGAAAGAUGAUUUGAAAGCUGCCAAGAAUAAAGUGGAAGACCUUGAAAGUGCAAAUAAGUCAUUGAUGACUCAAUAUUUGUUGAUGGUUCAAAAGUUGCAGGAAGCACAGACGUGGAUCGGGCAGCUUCAAUCUGAAAUUAAAGGAUUCAAAGAAACUAGUGGGGCUCAACAACAACAACAUGCUGUUAUUUAUUGGAAUCAGGCAGCAGUCACUAACAUUAAGGAACUUCAAUCCCAAAAUUAUAUCUUGAACCCAACUACUACAGAACGACAACAGUUUGCGGAUUUGUAUUCGAAUGGGCUGAACCAUAUUCAAGAAUUGCCUAUGGAACAAGUGCAAUUCGGGCAAGAGGAGAAUGAAUGUAUGAAUGCAUCUUUGAUGGCGGAAAGAGACACAGCAAUAAAUGAUUUGCAGGCAACAGUCACCAACAUUGAGGAAUUUCAAUCCCAAAAACAUAUCUUGAACCCAACCAUUACAGGACAACAACAGUUCGCGGAUUUGUAUUCGAAUGGGCUAAACCAUGGUCAAGAAUUUCCAAUGGAACAAGUGCAAUUAGGGCAAGAUGAGAAUGGAAGACUUGGACGUCCUAUUGCGACAUCAGUACCAGAAAUACAGUCUACGCAAAGUGAAAUGUCACAGCUAGUACUUGAGAGAUGGAAAAGAGAGCUUGAAGAAGCAAUGAGAAAUGAUCGUGCCGAGAGAAAAGGGCAAAUGGAUGACUUUAUUGAGGAGAUGCGUGCUUGCCGGGCAAGAUUAAUGUCUAAAUGUAUGAAAUCAAGAAAUGUUUAUUUCAUCUCGAGGUAAGAUCUAGCAAUAUUAUGUUAGGGUGCAGCUUGGUCCGUCUUACAAGUCUAUGCAAGUGGGCCUAAUGCCACCUCAGUCAUGCAACUAGUUGAUGUUAUGUUAACUACGCCUGCUGUUUUUUGUUAUAUGUUAGUUAAAGUAAACUGUUGUGUUGUAUUAUGGUUAUAUUAA